UUGAAAAUCCUAAAUCUUAGUCACUCACAUCAUUUGAUACAAACUCCUGACUUUUCAAAUUUACCCAACCUAGAAAGAUUAGUACUCAAAGAUUGUUCAAGGUUGACUAUGGUUCACCAUUCCAUCAGACAAUUCAAUAAGCUUCUUUGGCUAAAUUUGAAAGAUUGUAAGAUUCUUCCCAAUCUACCAAGAAGUAUAUACAAGUUGAAAUCUCUUAAGACUCUCAUUCUCUCUGGCUGUUCAAAUAUUGAUAAGUUAGAGGAUGACUUGGAACAAAUGGAAUCCUUAACGACACUUAUUGCAGAUAAUAUUACUAUCAUAAAAGUUCCUUUCUCAAUAGUAAGAUCAAAAAUUGGAUAUAUAUCUUUGUGUGGGUAUGAAGGAUUAUCACAAGAUGUGUUUCCUUUACUUAUCUAGUCUUAGAUGUCUUCAAAAACCAAUCCCUUGUAUCUUAUUCAACCAUUUGAAAGCUUAUCAUCUGUAAUUUCCUUAAACAUACCAAAUUCGAGUUUCAAUAGCCUAUCAUCUAUUAUAAAUGAAGUUACAAAGCUUCAAAGUGUAUGCGUGGAAUGUGGCUCAGAUUCCCAACUAAGUCAAGAUGUGGCAAGAAUUUUGGGUACCUUAUAUGCUGCAAAUUAUACACAAUUGCUAGCUUUACCAAGUACAUCUGAGAUCUCAUCAUCAGCUUCAAGUAUGGAAACUUUGGCAAUAAUUGUUUCUCACAAUCAAACUUAAACUUCUCCAGUCUCACAAGAUGUGUUGAGAUAUCUUUUGAUUCAAAUGGGAAGGAACGACCAAUUCACAAGUACUCUUGAAGAAAGCAUUCUAGAGAAUUUCAGAAGCUGUGGGUCUGAUGAUUUUUGUCUUCCAGGCGACAAACUUCCUGAUUGGCUAACCUUCAUUGGUGAAGGAGCUUCAGUAAUUUUCCAAGUGCCUCAACAAGUCAGUGGUUAUAAUCAUAACUUGAGAGGAAUGGCUUUGUGCCUUCUUUGGUUGUCUUCUCAAGGAAACAUAACAUCAGAUCAUAUAAAUAAUGUUUUGAUCAUAAACUACACCAAAACUACCAUACAGCUCUACAAGCGAGACUCACUAACUUCCUUUGAAGAGUUAGAUUGUGAAAGCCAUAUUUCAACUCUGGAAGCUGGUGAUAAAGUUGAAGUUAUGGUAACUAGUGGGGAUGGACUCACCGUAAAGAAGACAGCGAUUCAUCUGUUUUAUGGUUCACCAAUUCAAGAAGCAAUAAUGGAGAUUUCACAUCCUGAUCAAGAUAAUUUUUCUUUGGAUGUUAGAAAUCCAGAAAGGGUUAAAUCUAAGAGUAGAAUAUUUAACCACAAGAAGCUUUUCAAAUUCUUUCAAGAAUGUUUUAGGAAGUAGAUAAUUUUAUAAAAUUUCUUCUGAUAUUAAUCCAUUUAUUUGUAUUUGUUUGUUUUUCAAUAUUUUCUGCAUGAUC